GAGAGACGGAGACACAGAGACAGACCUCAGCUCAGUCCUGCGGCUCUCAUUGGCUGGCAGUUUGUACAAAAUCCAACUCAAACCACUUCACUCACAACACACCAACAAAUCCUAAAGGCGUACAUGCAGCCUCCUCCAUCACUCCGCCGCUGUCGCACCGCUUCAAAACCUGAUGCAGCCGCUCGACGUUUAACUUUUAUCCGCACUGUUGUUCUGCCUCUGAAGACUGCUGCUCCUGAUCCUGAUCCUGAUCCUGCUCCCGGUUGGUUUUGUCUUAUUUUAUCCGGCAGGACGUCGUUUAUCUGCGCCGAGUUUUAUUAUUUCUCCUGGAGGAAACCAAGCAGACAAAGAACUUUACAGUCGUCGAUAGCAGGGUGCCCGGUAUAACACGGACCACACGGCGAACAGAAGACACCAAGUUCAUCUCGGGAGCUCCAUCAAUUUUCAAAAUUUUCUCCAACUUCAGCCCUCAGACAAACAUUAGCAUGAUGUCGUAUCUAAAGCAACCACCUUACACAGUCAAUGGCCUCAGCUUAACUACUUCCGGAAUGGAUCUUUUGCAUCCAUCAGUGGGCUAUCCAGCAACGCCACGGAAGCAGAGGCGAGAGAGGACUACUUUUACGCGCGCACAGCUGGACGUUUUGGAGGCGUUGUUCGCUAAAACUCGGUACCCGGACAUAUUCAUGCGCGAAGAAGUGGCACUGAAAAUCAAUCUACCUGAGUCUCGAGUACAGGUCUGGUUUAAGAACCGGCGGGCAAAGUGUCGCCAACAGCAGCAGCAGCAGCAGAACGGAGGCCAGAACAAGGUGCGACCUGCCAAAAAGAAAAGUUCCCCAACCAGAGAAGUGAGCUCAGAGAGCGGGGCCAGCGGCCAGUUCACGCCCCCCACCAGCACCACCACAGUCCCCGCCAUCUCAACCAGCACCGCCCCAGUGUCCAUCUGGAGUCCGGCGUCCAUCUCUCCGCUCGCAGACCCCCUGUCUACCUCCUCCUCCUGCAUGCAGAGGUCCUAUCCCAUGACCUACACCCAGGCCUCGAGCUACAGCCAGGGCUACGCAGGCUCAACGUCCUACUUCGGAGGCAUGGACUGCGGCUCUUACCUCACCCCCAUGCACCACCAGUUGUCAGGCCCUGGUUCAACUCUCAGUCCGAUGAGCACAAACGCGGUCACAAGCCAUCUGAACCAGUCCCCGGCGUCCCUCUCCACCCAGGGCUACGGGACGUCCGGCCUGGGCUUCAACUCCACGGCAGACUGCUUGGAUUAUAAGGACCAAGCGGCGUCGUGGAAGCUGAACUUCAAUGCCGAUUGCUUGGAUUAUAAGGAUCAAACUUCCUCGUGGAAAUUCCAGGUCCUGUGAACAGAACAAUCAGCUGUUUAAAAAAAAAAAGUGCACAAACAGUGACGAUCACAUCAGACACAGCGCUGCCAUCCCUCAAUAAAACACUGGUUAAAAAUGUAAGCCGGGCUCGGCGAGACAGGGCUCUCAGGGGCCUCGGGUUUUUUUUUAUUGGCAUGAUGGUCUUUGGUCCUCCUAGAUGAGGUUUAAUUUAUUUUAGCACUGGCAAAGAGAUUUUUUUUUGUUGUUCAGUUCAUUCACAGGUUGUAGCCCCUCAUCCAUUUCUGUCAGUGUGUGCCUCUAUGCGUAAAAAAACAAAGAAAAAAAAAAACACCUGUUGAGGACAACACAGAGCGGACUCUGCAAGAAAAGUUACACCACAGCCACGGAACUAAUGUUUAUCUAAGAACACAACUCAAGGUGAUUCUUCUGGUGAAGUGCUCGGGAUGGACAGACCUCCUUUAAAGCUUCUUACCCAACUCUGCCGACCUGCUGGCAGAGACACGAUGAGGAUGGUGUGUGGACAUGGAUGCACUACUUUAUUUAAGAAAAAAAAAAGUGUUUAUAAGGAAUCAAUAUGUAGUUUCUAAGAGACAAUCAGUGUGUGUCUUAUAUAAAUGGUACAUAUGUGUUUUUUUUAUCUGUGCUAGCCUUCGAAACUGUGAUCUGUUGUAUUGUAUGCAAUUUGUGAGCCCCAUUCGCAUCAGACUCUCUGCUGUGAUUUUAAUAGAUUUCUAACUCUUUUUUUUUUUUUUU